AUGUCAACUCAUUUAAAUUGUAAUCCUGAUAUUGAAAUUUUCGAAUCAUACGAGAAUCGUGAUAAGAGAUUCUGUCCAAAUUCUUCUAUAUUUUGUUAUACAUUACCUUCUAAAAAUUAUCCAAUUCCUGAUAAUUAUUCUGUAAAAACUACCUGGAGACAUAAAAAAGUCUACAAACAGUUCAAUUUACUUAAAAUAAAAUUCCACUUACAGGCUGUAAAUAGUUCAAAUAAAAGUGUUUUAUCUGGGCCGCUUCUCUUUGGAUUACAGCUUCAAACACUUAAAAAAGUUAGAGAACCUUGGGAUAAACGUAUAGUUAAACCCACUGAACAAUGUUCAGAGCAAACAUUUAAAAGACACACAAAAAAUAUUAGAACAAUAAUAAAAGAGAAAUUUAUUUAA